AUGAAUUCCUCAUUUCACCUGCUUUUCUUGGAUCUCAACCUGAAUGCCACAGAAGGCAACCUUUCAGGACCAAAUGUCAAGAACAAGUCUUCAUCAUGCGAAGAGAUGGGCAUUGCUGUUGAGGUGUUUCUGACUCUGGGUCUCAUCAGCCUCUUGGAGAACAUCUUGGUCAUAGGUGCCAUAGUGAAGAACAAGAACUUGCACUCCCCCAUGUAUUUCUUUGUGUGCAGUUUAGCAGUAGCUGACAUGCUAGUGAGCAUGUCUAACACAUGGGAGACCAUCACCAUAUACUUAAUAAAUAAUAAGCACCUGAUGAUAGCAGAUGCCUCUGUACGUCACAUUGACAAUGUGUUUGACUCCAUGAUCUGCAUUUCUGUGGUGGCCUCCAUGUGCAGUUUGCUGGCCAUUGCAGUGGAUAGGUAUGUCACCAUCUUCUAUGCUCUGCGCUACCACCACAUUAUGACAGUAAAGCGUUCUGGGGUGAUUAUCAUGUGUAUCUGGACCUUUUGCACAAGCUGUGGCAUUGUUUUCAUCAUUUACUAUGAAUCCACUUAUGUAAUCAUUUGCCUCAUCUCCAUGUUCUUCACCAUGUUGUUCCUCAUGGUGUCUCUGUAUAUACACAUGUUCCUCCUGGCACGGACUCAUGUCAAACAGAUAACAGCUCUGCGUGGAUACAGCUCUGUGCGGCAAAUGACCAGCAUGAAAGGUGCUGUCACCCUGACCAUGCUGUUAGGCAUUUUCAUCGUGUGCUGGGCUCCAUUCUUUCUCCAUCUCAUUUUGAUGAUUUCUUGUCCCCAGAACCUCUACUGUUCUUGCUUUAUGUCUUACUUUAAUAUGUACCUCAUACUCAUCAUGUGUAAUUCUGUGAUUGAUCCUCUGAUAUAUGCUUUCCGCAGCCAGGAGAUGAGGAAGUCCUUUAAAGAGAUUAUUUGUUGCCAUGGUUUCAGAAUACCCUGUAGGUUUCCUGGCAGAUAUUAA